GAAGGGGAGGGGGAGCGCGAGCGCAGGAAAGCAGAGGCUGCAGCCGCCGCGGCAGUAGCGGCAGCGGCAACGGCGGCGGCGGCAGCGCUCCAAGUCGCUCCUCGCUCCGGGUUCCGCCGUCGAGCCGGAGAAAGAGCCUCCUCCAGCGGCCAGACGCCAGGCCGGACGACACCAGCGACCCGGGCCCCUCGGCGGCACCGCGUUCACCCACGGGCGGCGCAGGCACCCAGAGCCGAACUCCAAGAUGGGAGGCAAGCUGAGCAAGAAGAAGAAGGGAUACAAUGUGAAUGAUGAGAAGGCCAAGGAGAAAGACAAGAAGGCUGAAGGAGCAGGGACGGAAGAAGAGGGGACCGCGAAGGAAAAUGAGACCCAGGCGGCUGCAGAGUCCACCGAGGUGAAGGAGGGCCAGGAGGAGAAGCCGGAGAAGGAUGCCCAGGACGCUGCCAAGAAGCCGGAAGACAAGGAAGGCAAGAAAGACACAGACACGGCCACGGCAGACGCUCCGAAGGCAGAGCCCGAGCAGACGGAGGGGGCCGCCGACGGGAAGCCGGAACCCGCGAAGGAUGCGGAGCAGGAGCAGGCGGCCCCCGCGGGCCCGGCUGCAGGCGAUGCCCCCAAGGCUUCCGAGGCCGAGGCCCCUGCGGAACCCGCAGCUGCCUCCAAGGUGGAUGACAAGGGCAAGGAGACAGGGGAACCCACAAAGACUGAGGCUCCCGCAGCUCCUGCCGCACAGGAAACGAAAAGUGACGGGGCCCCGGCUUCAGACUCAAAACCCAGCAGCACUGAGGCUGCCCCAUCGUCCAAGGAGACCCCAGCAGCCACGGAAGCACCCAGUUCCACGCCCAAGGCCCAGGCCCCCGCAGCCCCAGCAGACGAGGUUAAACCUGCCGACGCCCCGGCAGCUAAUUCCGAUCAAACCGUAGCAGUGAGAGAGUAACACGGACAGCCUCUGGAAAAGAAGAUUACAGCUUACAAACAACCUGUUUUUCUCUCUCUCUGUCUCUCUCUGUCUCUCUCUCUCUCCUGUACUAACUUGUUUCAAAUUGGAAGUAAUGAUAUGUAUUGCCCAAGAGAAAAAAAAAAAAGGAUGUUGUCCCAUCAAGGGAGGGAGGGGGUAGGGAGAAUCCAAAUAGUAUUUUUGUGGGGAAAUAUCUAAUAUACCUUUGGUCAACUUUACCACUCAGUCCUGGAUUUUAAAGAUCAGUGUCUGAAAGUACAGUACAUCUUUUGUACGUGAACUGCUGUUUCCUGCACUCCGCCACUAAGAUCCGGUAUCUUGUCUUCUGCAAGGGGAGUUGGGGGUGAUGCGCUUGAUGCCGCCCAGCGGGCCUGUUCCAAGGCAAUCAGAUCUUUAUGAAAACAGUAUUUUCUGUGUUUUCUUUUUAAUUUUUAGCCUUUCUUAUUUUGAUAUUUUUUGAAUGUUGUGGAUGAAUGCCAACUUUCAGACAGCCCACUUUAGCCUGUCCACCUGUAUCUCGAUGCCAAUACUCCAUUCUUCCUCCCCAGGUAUUUUUGGGAGUAAUAAACAUUCUCUCAUCCGACUUAGCCUCCCUAGAUUUCUCAUGACGAGUUAAUGCAUGUCCGUGGUUGGGUGCACCUGUAGUUCUGUUUAUUGGUCAGUGGAAAUGAAAAAAAAAAAAAAGUCUGCGUUCAUUGCAGUUCCAGUUUUUCUUCCAUUCUGUGUCACAGACACCAACACACCACUCAUUGGAAAAUGGAAAAAAAAAUAAAAAAACAAAAAAUGUACAAUGGAUGCAUUGAAAUUAUAUGUAAUUGUAUAAAUGGUGCAACAGUAAUAAAGUUAAACGAUUAAAAAGAA